UUCAUUUGUUAGCUAUCAAACAAUGUUGCCAAUUCCACAAUUAAUUUUGAUUUCUGUGUUGUUCAUCCUGAGGGCACUAUGGAAGAAAUUUAAAAGCAGCAAAUCUCUAAAUCUACCCCCCGGACCAUGGAAGCUCCCGAUUAUCGGAAAUCUGCACCAGUUAAUCGGUGGACUACCCCAUCAUAAACUCGGGGCCUUGGCGAAGAAAUACGGUCCUGUUAUGCAGCUUAAUAUCGGACAAGUUCCGACUGUUGUAAUUUCUUCACCUGAAACGGCAAAACAAGUGAUGAAAACGCAUGACACCAUCUUUGCGCAAAGGCCUAUCCUUAUCGUCUCGGACAUUAUAUUUUAUAAGGGUUUAGAUAUUGGUUUUGCACGCUACGGUGAUCACUGGAGGCAAAUGCGGAAAAUUUGCAUCUUAGAGCUGCUUAGUGCUAAACGUGUGCAAUUGUUCCGACCAAUCCGAGAAGAAGCAGUAUCGAAUCUCAUCGCUAAUAUUUCUUCCAACGCUGGUACUACUAUCAAUCUUACACAAAUGCUAAAUUUAUUGUCAUCCACGCUCAUUACAAGAGCAGCGUUUGGAAAAUAUUGCACCGUCGAUCAAGAACAAUUCAUUCCGCUGGCUGCAAAAGUUACGGAGAUGAUGGUCGGCUUUAACAUCGCUGACCUCUUCCCCUCUAUCAAAUUUCUCCGUAUCAUUACUGGAAUUCGCUAUAGACUCACGAAAUUGCACAAAAAAGUUGAUGUUGUGCUUGAAAACAUAAUCAAUGCUCAUAGGUUUUCGAGGGCCGUGUCCAAGAUUAAAAUGGAGGAUGAAGAUAUCGUCCAUGUUCUGUUAAAUCUUCAAGAGCAAGGAAAUCUUGAACUUCCUUUAACAACCGACAGUAUCAAAGCUGUUAUACUGGACAUGUUCCUCGGAGGGAUUGAUUCAUCAGCUUUAACUUUAGGAUGGGUGAUGUCGGAAUUGAUUAAGAACCCGAAGGCCAUGCAGAAAGCACAAGCAGAGGUUAGACAUGUUUUUAAAGAGAAACGAAUUGUUGAUGAAUUAGGCAUUGAAAAAUUAAAGUAUUUAAAGCUUGUUAUUAAAGAGACAUUAAGAAUACACCCUCCGGCUGCAUUAGUACCUCCGCGAGAAGCUAGCAAUGAAUGCCAAAUCAAUGGAUACGAUAUUCCCGCAAUGACCAGACUCUUUGUGAAUGUAUGGGCACUCGGAAGAGAUCCUAAUUAUUGGAUCGAACCUGAAAAUUUUAUACCAGAGAGAUUUGAGGAAGGUCUAAUUGACUACAAAGGAAACAAUUUCGAAUAUUUGCCAUUCGGCGGUGGAAGAAGGAUAUGUCCCGGUAUAUCAUUCGCCAUGGCGAAUGUGGAACUUGCACUCGCACAGUUACUCUUCAACUUUGAUUGGGAGCUUCCCCAUGGUAUGAAGAAAGAAGAACUGGAUAUGACAGAGGUGUUUCUCACUGCAACUAAAAGAAAAUAUGAUCUAUAUUUAGUUCCCAUUCCAUACUCUCCUACUAAUCAAAACAUGUAGUCAGUUACCAUUACUUGAACUACAAAAUGCUGUUCUAAAUACAUGCGUGUUCAAGAGUUUGUUAUGAUCUGCUCCUUGUCUUUAAAAUUUGUUGUUUCGUGCUAAUUUGUUAUUUUAAUG